AUGUUGGCGAUCCAUGCCUGCGUGCUGCUGCUUGUCAGCGCCUGGACAGGUCUCGGCCAAGCACUACGAUACGAGGACACCCACGCAGACUGGAAUCUGAACCAGAAUGACUCUGCCACGGAUCCUCUCGACUACUGGGGCGAAUGGACUGGCCACAGCUACACACCGUCUCCAGACAACUGGCGAUUUCCCUACUACACUCUGUCUCCGGACCGAUUUGCCAAUGGGGACCCGACCAAUGACGAGGCCAAUGGCACCAUGUUCGAGCACGACUGGAUGAGCAACCAGUUUCGGUUCGGAGGUGACGUCCGCGGACUGAUGAACGAGCUGGAUUACAUCCAGGGCAUGGGCAUCAAGGCCAUCUACUUGAUGGGAAGUCCAUUCAUCAACCAACCUUGGAUGGCUGACGGUUACAGUCCUCUCGAUUUUACCCUCCUCGACCACCACCACGGUGUGAUUGAUGACUGGAGACAGCUUAUCGAUGCAAUUCACGACCGCGGCAUGUAUGUCCUGUUGGACAAUACCAUGAGCACCAUGGGCGAUCUUCUGGCCUUCUCGGGCCACCUCAACGUCACGGCGCCCUUCAACUGGAACGAGUAUGACUACACAUGGAAGUACCCGGAACGCAGGUACCACGACUUUCAACCUGGAAACGCAGUCAAUGAGUCGUGCGAAUACCCCAGAUUCUGGGGCGACGAUGGAUACCUGCAGACGUAUUCCGACGCCAGUGGCUGCCGCAUAAGUGAGUUCAGUUCGUACGGCGACCUGGAGAAUACCGGCCACUUCUCUGUUUACCAGAACCAGCUGUCCAAGUACGGUUCGGUCCAGGACCGACUCCGAGCGUGGCGUGGCGACGUCCUGGAUAAGAUCAAGCACUUCUCGUGUAUGCAAAUUUCCAUGCUGGACAUUGACGGGUUUCGCAUGGACAAGGCUCUGCAAAACACCGUCGACUCCCUGGCUGAGUUCUCAGCAUACCAGCGGGAAUGUGCUCGACGCUACAACAAGGAAAACUUCUACAUAAUAGGAGAGGUAGUGGGAACCGAUCAGCAGGCAGCCAUAUACUAUGGAAGGGGCAUGCAACCCAACCAAUACUUCAUGAACUCGACCGUGUCGGCCCUGUCCUCCAACACGACGGACGACACCACCUAUGUCAGAGACUUUGGCCUGAGUGGUCUCGAUGGGGCUGGCUUCCAUUACACCGUCUAUGGUGCGCUCACCCGACUUUUAGGGCUGGACGGAAACAUUGGUGAAAAUGGCGUGAACUUUGUAGAGCUCUGGAGAAAUAUUGUCCUGCAAAACGACCUCGUCAACUCCAACACGGGCGAGUUCGACCCGCGCCACCAAUUUGGCACUUCGGACCAGGACGUGUUCCGCUGGCCAGCUCUAGAGAACGGAACGCAGCGCCAGCUCCUGGCCCACUUCAUCACCACGCUCGAGAUGCCCGGAUCGCCGGCUCUCUUCUGGGGCGAAGAGCAGAGCUUCUACAUUCUAGACUCUACUGCCGAAAAUUUCGUUUACGGGCGUCAACCAAUGAGCUCUAGUAGGGGGUGGCAGAUACAUGGAUGCUACCAGAUCAGUGAUGCAACCUACACCGACUUCCCCCUGGGCCCCGCACGCCACGGCUGUAACGAUGACAAUGUCAGUCUAGACCAUAAGGACCCCUCACACCCCGUCCGCAACGUCCUGAAAAGGAUGUACGAGCUGCGAUUGCAGUACCCGACACUCAAUGAUGGCUGGUAUCUCGAGAUGUUGUCCAACCAGACACGCGACAUUUACUUGCCUGGUAGUGACGGCCUCCCUUCACCUACGGGAAUUGUGAGCGUGUACCGCGCGGGCCUUGCUGGAGUGCAGGAUCUCGACGGCGUGGGCCAGGGCAACCAGGGAAUCUGGCUUGUCUACAGCAACGAGAACCAGACCAAGGAGUUCGAGUUUGACUGCGCAAACGCCACGGCGGCCAUGGUAUCUCCUUUUCUUGCCAACACUGUGGUUAAGAAUCUGCUCUACCCCUAUGACGAGCACGUAUUGGAGAACUCUUCGGUUGCAUUCGACCGUGACGGGUCCACGGGCUUUGCUGGGUGUCUCUCCAACAUGACCAUGGACGCAUGGGGUUUCAAGGCGUUUGUACCCAUAGACAACUACAUGGCGCCUUCGCCUUCCAUCACCAGUGUUGUGCCGUCGCAUGAUCAGAGGAUACUGGCCAGUGUCGAGCUCGGACAGCAGCAGACGAUCCCCAUAGAAAUCCACUUCUCCAUGGCCAUGGACUGCAGCUCCGUCACUGACACUCUCGUCAUCAACUCGACGACGCUGGAUGGCAACACCGCCAGCAUAGAUGGCUCAUCCGUUGUUUGCACGGCCAUUGAGAAUGACACGCCCGAGUUUGUGGCGAACCUCGAGAACGUGUCGCACGGCAUCCACACCUUUUCUGUUAAGAAUGCAUCCACGGGAAAUGGGACUUACACCAAUGCCGUUGAUCGUUUCAUGUUCCGUCUUGGAGAUAGCGACAACCCCAUGGUUUUCCCUGGGUCGGCCAACUACACUAGCGGCCUGCUCCACCUCAAUGAGUCGACCAACAACUUAUACAUCUCUCCCCGGGCUGCUGGAUCGACUUUCAGCUCCUGGGAGUGGACUGGUACUUCGAAGCAGGAGUGGACAGGGGAGCACGUCAUAGUGCAGUACUGGAGUGCUAUGGCUGCCAGCGCCGAGCAUCUACAACACGCCGAUCUAGACUCCAACACAGCCCGCCGCUGGCCUCAUGCCUUUGUGCUGGGCACCUGGAAUACGUGGGGUUACGACGACGGUCUCGACAGCGCCAUGUCGCUGAAAUCUAAUGGCACGUGGACAUUCAACCUCGCGACCGAAUGGCCCAGUAAGACCACCAUCAACGUGUGGGGAGUGGAUCCCGACGGGUUGCCCGACAAGGCCAUGGAGUUUGGCGACGUUGACGGCGACCAUGUCCUCGACUGGCUGCACCCCGACACUCUCUCGGACAACGUCGUCAACAUUUUGGUUGGUCCAGACAUGCCCUACACGGCCUGGAAACUUGUUGUCAACGACGGGAACUACACGUACUACCUCGAGCCGACCGGAUCCGCCUAUCAUCAGCUCGCCCUCUCGAUCCUUCUGGGCGUGGUACCUGUGCUAACGGGUUUCCUGGCCGUGUGGGCUUUCAAAAAGUCCUUUUACCACGUGAAGUUCAACCAGGUCGGCAUUGCAGACAAGACAGGUAUCUUGAACACGCUGUCACUGGUCCCCGCCUAUAUCGCAGGCGCCAUUAAGCAUAAAAAGGGCAAAUCUAUAGCUCUCGCUUCCCAAUUCCGCCGCACCGUCCUCAUCGCCACCAUGGAGUAUGAGAUCGAGGACUGGAAGAUCAAGGUCAAGAUCGGUGGCCUGGGCGUCAUGGCCUCUUUGAUGGGCAAGGCGCUGGGCCACCAGGAUCUCAUCUGGGUUGUGCCUUGCAUUGGCGGCAUCGACUACCCCACCGACACACCGGCAGCGCCUAUGGUCGUGACCAUCAACGAGACUGAGUACACCAUCAACGUGCAGUACCAUUACCUGCGCAACAUUACCUUCGUGCUCUUGGAUGCUCCCGUAUUUCGCCAGCAGACUAAGGAUGACCCUUAUCCGGCGAGAAUGGACGAUCUCGACAGUGCUGUCUACUAUUCGGCAUGGAACGCCUGUAUCGCCGAGGCCAUUAAACGUUUCCCUCAGGUGGACCUCUACCACAUCAACGAUUACCACGGUGCUAUUGCGCCCCUGUACCUCCUUCCGAAGACGAUCCCGGUUUCCCUGUCGCUGCACAAUGCAGAGUUUCAGGGGCUAUGGUCGCUCCGCUCCAAGCGCGAGAUGCGCGAGAUCACGUCGGUCUUCAACCUCAGCAAGGAGGUGGUCAAGAAAUACGUCCAGUUCGGUGAGGUGUUCAACCUCUUGCACGCCGGCGCUAGUUACCUCCGAUUGCACCAAAAGGGCUUCGGUGCGGUGGGCGUUUCUAACAAGUAUGGGACAAGAGCCCUGAAGCGGUAUCCCAUCUUCUGGGGCCUGUCCAAUAUUGGAGCCCUCCCGAACCCGGAUCCGUCCGACAAUGAAGCCUGGGAUGAGAAACGGCCCGAUCCGAAUAAUGUCGUGAUUGAUAUCGAGGCCGAGGCUGCCAGGGGGCAAUUGCGGUGCAAGGCCCAAGAAUGGGCUGGGCUCAAGGUGGACCCCGACGCUGAGCUGUUUGUAUUUGUUGGCCGCUGGUCAGAGCAGAAAGGUGUUGACCUGAUUGCCGAUGUCUUUCCUGCUCUCCUCGACAGGCACAAGGACGUCCAACUCAUCUGCGUCGGCCCUGUCAUCGACCUCUACGGAAAGUUCGCCGCACUUAAACUGCAAAAGAUGAUGGAUCGCUAUCCGGGCCGCGUCUUCUCCAAGCCGCAGUUCACUGCGCUCCCGCCCUUUUUAUUUAGCGGUGCCGAGUUCGCUCUCAUCCCCUCACGCGAUGAACCUUUCGGACUGGUCGCCGUCGAAUUCGGCCGAAAAGGAGCCCUCGGUGUAGGCAGUAGAGUUGGCGGCCUAGGACAAAUGCCCGGAUGGUGGUUUACAAUCGAAUCAACGGCAACAAAGCAUCUGCUCCGGCAGUUCAAGUCGGCCAUUGAGGACGCCAUGGCGUCGUCGCGGGAGACUCGCGCACUGAUGCGAGCUCGUUCUUCACUCCAGCGGUUCCCCGUGGCACAGUGGGUGAAAGACUUGGAAAUUCUCCAGAGCACGUCGAUUCACAUGCAUGGAAGUGUGGCUCGCGGCUCGACCAUAUCUCUGCUUUUACCGCCCCCCACCGGUGUCCGCGAGGUUAUCCCCCCCGUGCCACCUCUACCACCUAGUCUACCUUCAACAGCAUACCCAAGUCGAGCUCCGAGCCCGGUACGUGGUGGCAGCAAGUCACCCACGUCGUGCGACUCAUCAGGCGCCUCGGCGCCAACGCACAAACGCUCCAAGGUUAACACGGGCCUGAGUGUGCUCACUCCUCGACUUCACACCCUCGCCCAACUCGAACGGCGCACCGACGAUGAUGCCCCUCCUCUGCCCGGAAGUGCGUACAUCAUGAACAGUCCCGGCCCUCUUUCCGCAUCUACCUAUGCGAUGCACAGUCCCGGCCCCCUAUCCGGUUCCGACACGGAAGAUUGUUCACCGCAAAACUUCCUCUCUCCUGGCCUAAAUAAUAAAGAGAGUGCCUCGAAUCUGUCUGUUGACGUGGUCGCCGGCGGCCGCAAUGACUUUGAACUCCAAAACGUGGAUCCCUUCUUCAACGACCCUACUGGGCGGUAUUACGACACGUUUGCGAAACAGCUCGAUGCCCACGACGGUAGUUUGUCUCAUGACAAGCUGUGUGUCGAGGAGUACCUGCUCAAGAGCGAGAAGGACUGGUUCGGCCGCUUCUACAAUGCCAAGCUAGGCAAGUCCACCACCAAAGUUAACAGGGGUUCCGUUACAUCGGUCGAGAGCGCCGACAUUCACGUUAUCGGUGAAGCCGAUGAGUUCCAACUGAGCGACAAGUACAAGCCUCCUAAGGGAGCCGGUCGCUUUCUCCAGGCCAAGGUCGGGGAUUGGCCCGUCUAUGCUUUCUUUAUCGCAUUUGGCCAAAUUAUUGCCGCCAACUCGUAUCAAAUCACCCUCCUCACGGGCCAGAACGGCGAGAGCGCCGACCGCCUCUACACCGUCUCGUCCAUUUUCCUCGCUGCCUCCAUCGCCUGGUGGUUCCUCUUCCGACACGUGAAGUCCGUCUACACGCUAUCGCUGCCAUUCGUCUUCUAUGGCGUCGCAUUCUUCCUGCUGGGGAUGACCCCUUACGCGGCGUCGACACUGGCCACUACAUGGGUACAAAAUGUGGCUACGGGUUUCUACGCGGUUGGAUCUGCAAGCGGCUUCUUGUUCUUCACCAUGAACUUCUUGAGUGAAGGCGGCACACCAGUCCGAUCCUGGGUCUUCCGGGCUUGUAUCAUUCAAGGCACUCAGCAACUCUACCUCGCCGCUCUGUGGUACUGGGGCUCCUACGUGUCGUCCCUGCACAACUCGGGCAUAACCACCACCAUCUCGCCUACCACCGUGACCGCCAUUGCCGUGCCCGUGGCCGUCCUCAUGUGGGCUAUCGGCUUCGUUCUCCUGCUCGGGCUCCCUGAAGCAUACCGCGCCCGCCCUGGCAACGUGCCCGCCUUCUACAUAUCCCUCGUACGCCGCAAGGUUGUCGUCUGGUUCUUCGUGGUCGUCAUCAUUCAGAAUUACUUCCUUUCCGCCCCCUAUGGCCGCAGCUGGACUUACCUUUGGAGCUCGGAUGCCGCGCCCGUCUGGUCCAUUGUACUGCUGGUUAUCUUCUUUUUCGUCAUCGUAUGGGCUUUAGUCCUUGGUGUGUUUGCCCUGCUGUCUGGGGAACACUCUUGGGCCUUGCCCCUUUUCGCCAUAGGGCUCGGCGCCCCUCGCUGGGCCCAGAUGCUCUGGGGAACGUCAGGCAUCGGCAUGUACAUCCCCUGGAUCCCCUUCACUGACGGCACCACCAACCCCGUGGCCGGCGCGCUGCUGGGUCGCGCCCUCUGGUUGUGGCUUGGCGUCCUCGACACCUUGCAGGGUGUUGGUUUCGGCAUGAUUUUAUUGCAAACCCUGACACGUGUGCACAUGAGCUGCGCCAUUGCUGUCGCUCAGGUCUUGGGGUCUAUCUUCACCAUUGCUGCGCGGGCGAGCGCCCCGAACAAGACGGGACCGGGGAGAGUGUUUCCCAAUCUGAGUGUUGAUCUUUUGGAUGGCAUUGUGAACAUCUGGCUUUGGGUCCCCCUUGGGUUCCAACUGGCCGUGUGUGUUGGGUUUUUCGUUUUCUUCAGAAAGGAGCAGUUGUUCAAGCCUUAA